UGGUUUAACACAACAGCACACACAGCUGUUAAAAGCUCACAAUCAACCCAGAAAGGAAAGAGCUAAAGGCAAAGGGUUAUUUUUCACCAAGAAGCAGCUCGGAGCAGAGUCAGAGAAGGACUUUGAUCCUCAGAGUCUUUUUCCUUCAACCUUUUCCUUGGAAGGAUGCAGCCUCAAGACGCAGGUGUUCAGUACAGCAGGUGGAACGACAGUAGUCGUGAUGAAGUCAGUGUGAACACGUCCACUGCCGAGGUGUCGGGAAGUAAAAGAAUCUACACUAAGCUGUGCACUGGGAAAAUCGGCAUUGCAGUUAAAGUGAUUGGAGGAAACAUCCUCUUUUGGAUGGUUUUUGUCAUUGGCUACGUGACCGGUUACUAUGUGCACAAAUGCAAGUAGAAGUAACAGUGAAAUUCACCGGCAGGAUCCCAGGUCUGGAUUUCUCUGGUGAGGUAAUCCCAACCCUCCCUGUCCAGUUCCCACCCCCAAUCAGGCAGGUCAGCAAGCAUGCAUGCAAGAUGCAGGAAUCUUCACUAUGUGUCGUAUGAGCACACAAAGGGAACCAUCAGGAUUAGGGAGGUGCACAGAACCAGUGCUAGAUGCAGCACUUCUUGCUGCCUACGAGAGAACGGAUUGUACAAUCUCAGCUGACGGCUCAACAAAGGCAAAGGAGGAACUAGAAAUGGAUGUGCUCUCCCUCACGAAUCAGCAAAAUGUGCUGUUUCCAAAAUCUGUCACUGCUGCCAAAAUGCCCUGUAUUGCAAUGAGAACAGCUUCUUGGUCCUGCGGUUUCCAUCCCUACCCCUUCUGACACACCCAUCAGCAGGGGAUCUGGGUACCGGUUUUGCAUGGGCAUGUUUUCUAUGAGCUUCUUAAUGGCAUCUGCAUAUCUCCUGGCACAUCUGUAUGCAUGUGAAAACACCUGUUUUGUGAGCACAUAAUGGGUAGUUGUGUGAGCAAACCUGUCACUGGGCACCCAACCUCUGUUUGUGCACCUGACUGCACAAUGCAGGGGACUUUAAUCACAAUUCCUUAGCAGUUACUGGAGCCCUUUGUUGAUCACUGGGUCGACACACACACGCUUCUAUCUGACUAUGACUUUUCCAGGGGCAAGGUGCUGCUCCCUUACAUUUGGGAUCUUUCUCUUUUCAAGCCCUUAUUUCUACCCCGCACUUUACUAGAGGCUGCGAGUGCAGUGCCUGGAUUCACAGGACUUGCUGACCCAACCUUUGAAACUUCUUUAUGCUCCAUCAGUCACGUCAGCCAGGAAGAUUAAAGGCUUUUGCACACAACUCCUCUACUAACUCCUCAGGAAGGCUGCAUGCCAGCUCCCAGUGUAGUUGGGUUCAUUAUAAACCAGUUUGAUGGGAAUCUUUAUUUUAAUCAGCACCUCACUGGCUUCCCCCUGCAAAGGAACCUGUUGCUCCCUGUAAUCAUGUUAAUGUUUCCUUUAGACAGCUCUCUUCAAGGCCAUGGCUCUCACACAGCCUGUUUUAUAGGAUUUUCAAACUGUGCAGCAGACAUGUAAAGCUCUGUAUAUUUCUGCAACAGAGUCAAAUUAUUUUAAGCAAUAAAAAGCAGAUUUAAAACCAA